UGCGAGUGGUUAGUGUGUCGCCGCUCGGAAACAUUCGCGUCGUGAUUAAAAUGUGACGACGAACCUGAAUGAGUGAUAAAUAUUAUUCAAAUGUAUUGUUAUGUUUUCGUGAAUUACAUUAGGCAAUAGAAUUAACAGUGUGCAGAACAAUAACCGCGCAACUUCGAUGACGUGGGCGCGACGCGUCCGUGGAUUCAAAGUUUAUUGCGACGAAAAUCGAAUGAAAAAGAAUUAUUAAACUUUUCUUGUGAUCUCGGUGUGCACUGAGGGCUUAUAUCUUGAACGUUACUGUCAGUUCGCACACACGCCGACACGUGAUCGCCGAAAAUUCUCGAAUAAAUAAGGGAACUGUCUGUACAGUGCUUGUAUCAAAUUGUGUUUAUUCGUACCGGAUAAAUAGUUCUUUGCCGAAUUAUGGUUGUUGCUAAAGUCGAUAACAUGGCUUCAUACACCACGUAUACAGGAAAACCCAAAAUUUUCUUCCCAAAGAAGGUACGUUCAGAGGAAUCCCUGCUUGCUCCGGAAAAGACCACUAAAAGUGCACGAUGGAUACCGGAAUUCAAGUUGGAUGGCAGCAACAGUUUAAAACACAACGGCAGCGCGAAGGAUCUGGCUUCCGUCAUGGAGAACUUGAAGAAGACCAGUCUAGUCUCCAGACAGAACCAAACCCUGAAUACACAAGUCACAAGUUCUUCAUCACAACAGAUGGUAUCCAGCACUACGUCGAGUAGCGCGGCGACCAGCCAGCGGCUGCAGAGCUCCUCGCAGCGCCUGCAGCAUAUGACCGCCUCCGAGAUGAAAGCCAGCUCCAUGAAGUCUGACCUCACCGAACUCAAGAGCUCAAUAUCAGAAAUGAAAAACCUAAGCAGUUGUUCUGCUCUAAACUUCGGACAAAGACUGAGAAGCUCGAUGGAAAACAUAGUAGAUCAAGAUGACGGCCAUCUGGCGGACAUCCGGGAUCUGGACGAGAUCGGAGAUUACAGCGACAUGGGGGACAUCGGCGAUAUGGGCGGCGACGCACCCCUGGUCACUUUUCCUGAAUCGGACACACCGCCUCCCGUGAGCGACAAGGCAUGCAUGCUGGCCGGUAACAACGUGCCUGAGCAAAGAUCGUUAAAAGCCGGUGAAGUGAGUGCGCAAGAAGCUAAUAAUAUGUCGGCGACCAGCUCGAGACUUCAGACGGAAGCGUUCAGUGCGGAGAAGAAGGCGAUGGCAUCGGCGCAGGCGCGCCAGACUGUCACCUCCAGCGGCAUGUUCAGCCACAAGGAGCACUCCAGCGUCGCGCACUCUAACAUGACCAUCUCUAGCAAGAACCUCUCCACUAAGUCAACACUAUUGUCCUCACAGAUGCUUCUAAACGGUGCGAUCAAACCCGGCGAUGAAGAUCUAACAAAUUUAACAUUCGAAGAUUUGGACAAAUUGAACGCGAACUCAAACCAAAAGGACGUCGAUUUAGCGAUACAAAAGUAUUCAUCCAGAAUGAACGCAUUCAUAAACUCUAUAAAGAACAAUCAAAUAGAUAUCAAAAAUGCCUCAGUACAUUUUAACAAAUUGAACGAAAUGAUGAGAAGAGCUUGGGCGGUUCCUACCUACGGCCACGAACUCGGAUACUCCUUGUGCAAUACCUUAAGAACAUCUGGAGGACUGGACAUCCUAAUGGAGAAUUGCUUGGAGACCAACAAUCCUGAGUUACAAUUCUCUUCAGCGAAGCUUCUGGAACAAUGUUUGACGACUGAAAAUAGGGCACACGUAGUAGAAAAUGGUUUAGAAAAAGUUGUAAAUGUGGCUUGUGUUUGUACAAAAUAUGCGAAUUCUGUGGAACAUUCGAGAAUACGGACAGGGAUAUUGGAGCAUUUGUUCAAACAUAGCGAAGGGACGUGCAGCGAUGUAAUUAAAUUGCAUUGUGCGACGGCGCUCGCCAACCUUUCUUUGUACGGUGGCGCCGAGAACCAGGAGGCGAUGAUAAAGAGAAAAGUGCCGAUGUGGCUGUUCCCGCUGGCAUUCCACACAGACGACAACGUUAAAUACUACGCAUGUUUGGCGAUCGCCGUACUAGUCGCUAACAAGGAAAUCGAAGCGGCAGUACUGAAAUCGGGGACCCUAGAUUUAGUGGAACCGUUCGUCACUUCUCAUAAUCCCUCGGAGUUUGCUAAAUCUAAUUUAUCACACGCACACGGACAGAGCAAGAAUUGGCUACAAAAAUUAGUACCGGUUUUAAGUUCAAAAAGGGAGGAAGCUCGGAAUUUAGCCGCCUUCCAUUUUUGCAUGGAAGCGGGCAUUAAAAAACAACAAGGAAAUACUGAAAUAUUUAGAGAGAUUGGUGCGAUAGAGUCUUUGAAGAAAGUGGCCAGUUGUCCGAACGCGGUCGCUUCUAAAUACGCGGCACAGGCGUUGAGGCUAAUAGGGGAGGAAGUUCCACAUAAACUGUCACAGCAGGUGCCGCUCUGGUCCAUAGAGGAUGUUAAGGAAUGGGUCAAACAGAUAGGUUUCUCAGAGUACGCUAAUAAUUUCCAAGAGAGUAGAGUCGAUGGUGAUCUACUCUUGCAAAUAAGUGAAGACAAUCUCAAAGAAGACAUCGGUCUGCUUAACGGAAUCAAAAGGAAAAGAUUCACGAGAGAACUUCAACAGUUAAAGAAGAUGGCGGACUACAGCUCGCGGGACACGGGCAGCCUCAACGAGUUCCUGCAGACGAUAGGUCCGGAGUACACCAUAUACACGUACUCGAUGCUGAACGCGGGCGUGGACAAGGAGGCCAUGCGCGGCCUCAGCGACGAGCAGCUGGAGAACGAGUGCCGCAUCGUCAACAGCAUACACCGCCUGCGGAUCCUCAACGCGAUCAGAGUAUACGAAAGCACGUUACCAAGCAAAGGCGAAGAGAAUAUGGAGAAGAAUUUGGACGUGUUCGUGAGCUACAGGCGGUCGAAUGGCUCUCAGCUGGCGAGUCUACUGAAGGUCCACCUGCAGCUGCGAGGGUUCACGGUGUUCAUCGACGUGGAGCGGCUGGAGGCCGGCAAGUUCGACAAUAACCUGCUGCAGAGCAUACGGCACGCGAAGAACUUCUUGUUAGUGCUCACACCCAACGCGUUAGAAAGGUGUAAGCACGAUACAGAACAAAAAGACUGGGUCCAUCGGGAGAUAGUGGCGGCGUUGCAGUCGAAGUGCAACAUCGUGCCUAUCAUCGACAACUUCGAGUGGCCGGAGCCAGAGGAGCUGCCCGAGGACAUGCGCGCCGUCUGCCACUUCAACGGCGUGCGCUGGAUACACGACUACCAGGACGCCUGCGUUGAGAAACUAGAAAGGUAUUGUCAUUUUAAGUACUAAAUGUACACGGGAACC